CUCUUAAUAUGUAUACACACAUUUCCCAGCAACAGAUAAAUUGAACUAGGCUUUGCUCUCUCUAUCUGUCUGGUUCUGUGGUUCUUUCGAAGCUCCAAUGGCUCGUAUAACAUUAUGCAGUCAGCUACUUCCAUCUCUCCUUGUUCCAGUGAGGCAGAGGAACCAUUAUCAGUUGAUGGGAGUCAUAGGGACUGGUUUAAGCAGAGGGCGGCGCUUCUCUGCUGCGUCCUCAUCCAAGAUAAGCAUGAGCCUCAAAGCCGGCAUCGUUGGCCUCCCUAAUGUCGGCAAGUCCACUCUUUUCAAUGCCGUUGUUGAGAAUGGUAAGGCUCAAGCUGCCAAUUUUCCAUUUUGCACGAUAGAGCCGAAUGUAGGAAUUGUUGCAGUUCCGGAUCCACGUCUCAAUGUACUUUCUGAUCUCAGCAAAUCUCAGCGAGCAGUCCCAGCAUCUAUAGAACUUGUAGAUAUUGCUGGCCUUGUCAAGGGUGCCAGUCAAGGGGAGGGGUUAGGGAAUAAAUUUUUAUCAAAUAUUCGCGAAGUGGACUCCAUACUUCAGGUUGUUCGCUGUUUUGAAGAUAAUGAUGUUGUUCAUGUGAAUGGGAAAGUUGAUCCUAAGGCUGAUAUUGAUGUCAUCAACCUAGAGCUUAUUUUCUCAGAUCUGGACCAGAUUGAGAAGAGAGUGGAUAAGCUCAAAAAAGGAAAGGCAAAAGACUCACAAACCAAAAUUAAGGAGGAAGCAGAAAGGUCUUCCUUAGAAAAAAUUCAGCAUGCACUAUUGGAUGGGAAACCGGCAAGAUCAGUCACUUUAACAGAUUUGGAAAAGGAUGCUGUAAAGCAUCUUUGCUUGCUUACAAUGAAACCGGUUAUAUAUGUUGCUAAUGUUGCAGAAUCUGAUCUAGCUGAACCUGGACAUAAUCCUCACGUCAAAGAAGUGAUGAAUAUUGCUCCUGAGUUGCAAUCUGGAGUAGUGACAAUUUCAGCACAGGUCGAGUCUGAGCUUACGGAACUACCAUAUGAAGAAAGAACAGAAUUUUUGGAAUCUCUUGGUGUUAGUGAAAGUGGUCUUGGGAACCUUAUCAGAGCAACAUAUGGCAUCUUGGGUCUCCGUACUUACUUUACGUCUGGAGAGAAGGAAACAAAAGCAUGGACCAUACUUGCAGGCAUGACUGCACCUCAAGCUGCUGGGGUCAUCCACUCUGACUUUGAGAAAGGUUUCAUUCGAGCUGAGACAGUGUCUUAUGAUGAUUUUGUUGCUGCUGGUUCACUUGCUGCAGCAAGAGAAAGAGGAGUUUUGAGAUCUGAGGGCAAAGAAUACAUUGUACAAGAAGGAGAUGUCAUGCUGUUUCGUUUUAACGUAUAAAAGCUCAUAUGGAAGCAGCUUAUCUUCCCAAUUGAGGGUAACAAUUAGAUGUAGCUUUCUUCACAAGAUGGACAUUGAUUUACAUGCAAGUCCUGAAUUUGGAAUGAUGAAGUAUUCUUUUGUUAUACGCGGAGAAUACUAUAAAUUUUGCUUGAAGAGUAAAUAGCUCAAUUGAUUGUUGAUAUCAAUGGAAGCUUGAUUUUGAAAUUCUACAGAAAUUAAACGAAAAGAGGGUGAACCAAAAUUUAUAGACUUUUCUCUAUUGUGGUGGCAUCACUGUAUUUGUAACCUUUUUAGGUGAUUUCGAAAAUGCUUGUAGGCAAUUUUCAAGUAUUAUACUCAAGUUAAAAUUUGUUUGUGUUGUA